AUGAAGAGAGGAUUCGCUAUUUUAGAUGAUGAACCUGAAUCUGAGAUUGAGUUUCAGCAUCUGCUUGUUUCGAAUUAUCAUCUUGAAGAUGACGAUGAGGAACCUGUGUCUUUUUCUGUUUUGCCGAUUCAAUGGAGUGAUUCCGAGGUUUCUAAUGUUGAUGAUGACAAAAGAGGGAAGAUAUUCCUACACGGAUCUUCUGAUAGUGGACUGCAGAAGAUUUUCAUGCAGGUUACUGCUUGGAAGUUUGAUAUUUCUGGUUUGAAACCUGAGGUGUUGUUGCUAUCAAAGGAUGAAAGGUGGAUCAAGCUUCAGAAACCAAGGAAAAGCUUUCAGGAAACUGUUAAAACUGUUUUAAUUACGCUUUACUUUCUUCACUGUGUUAAGAAAAAACCUCGAUUAUCUACUGUGUCUUUUUGGAGUAACUUGUGUAAGGAUAGAGAUUUGAGCUCUUAUGGGUUUAAACCUUCACACAAGGAUUUACUGGAUCAUAUGCCUUUGAUUGGUGAAGCUACCAGAAGAGAUGUUGUCUUGGCUCGGUCUAAGCUUUUGCUCACAGUUUUAGGGGACAAGCCAGAGUAUCAAAAACAAUCUUAUGAGGAAUUUGAAGAUUUGUCACAAACUGGGUUUAGAGAGGAUGAUACUGACAAUGACAUCAUCAAAGAAACUGACGAAGACUCAAAAUUAGAGGAUGAUUUGUUUGAUUCUGUUUGUGCAAUGUGUGACAAUGGUGGUAAUCUUAUAAUGUGUGAUGGAGCAUGCAUGAGGUCAUUUCAUGCUACUAAAGCGGAUGGUAGGGAAUCUCUGUGUGAUUCUCUUGGUUUUACAAAGAAGCAAGUUGAUGAUAUUGAGACAUUUUAUUGUAAAAAUUGCGAGUAUCGUCAGCAUCAAUGCUUUGCAUGUGGUGAGCUGGGUUCUUCUGAUGAAGCUAAGGGUGCCGAGGUCAUUAAAUGUGCUUCUGAAACAUGUGACCGUUUCUACCAUCCACAUUGUGUCGCAAAGUUACUUCCCCCUGAGAAACAUAUUGCUGAGGGGAAACCCUUUACAUGUCCAAUUCAUUUUUGUUGUGUCUGUAAAGGAUUGGAGAAUAAGAUGGAACAUGAGUUGCAAUUUGGAAUUUGUAACCGAUGUCCAAAGUCAUAUCAUCGCAAAUGUUUGCCAAUAGGGAUUGCUUUUGACAUCAAAGGUGUUCAAACAAGGGCUUGGGAAGGUCUUUUGCCAAACAAUCGCAUUCUUAUAUAUUGCUUAAAUCAUGAGAUCAUUGAUGAGCUUGGGACUCCUGCAAGAGAUCAUGUGAAAUUCCCUGACAUUGGAGCUAGUGUUCUUGAAAAUAAUAUUUCUAAUAAGAGAAUGAAGCCUACAACUAAAGAGAGAGUUAUGUUGGAGAACAAUGUUAAAUCAUCUGGGAAGAGAACUGCAAAUCACAAGAUCAAUGAUAAGCUUGAAACUCAUGUAAGAAAUCAUAUAAAAUUCCCCGAUGCUAAAGCUAGUGUAAGGGAAAUUAAUACUUCUAGUAAGAGGUUGAAACCUACAACUGAAGAGAGAGUUAUAUUGGAGAACAAUGUUGGUUUUGAUGAAUCAUUUGGGAAGAGCACUGCAGCAGGAUCUAAAGCAACUAACGGGAGAGUUGCAUUGGAGAAUAAUGUUGACUUGUUUAAAUCAUCUGGGGAGAGCACUGCAGCAGCAUCUAAAGUGACUGGAAAAUUGCCUUCAAAUAAACCAAAAUCAAAUGAAACAUCCGGAAGGGUUUUGACUAAAAGUAAGAAGUCGGUCUCCGACCUAACUGGUCAGAAAUUGAAUGCUUCUAUGAGUAUUAAACCAACCCAGCAUGACAAUCACGUCGAUAAUGCAGAUAAUGAAACUCUGUCAAUCAAGCCUGUAAGAAAUAUAUUGCCUCCAGCUUCUAUGAGUAAAGGUUUAAAACAAAGCAAGCAGCUUGAUGAUGCAGAUAAUCAAACCCUGUCAAUCAAGCCUAUUAGAAGUGUAUUGUCUCCACUGGGUGCCGAUUCAGAGAAAGGUUUGGUGGAUUCAUUUAAAGAAGCCAGAUCCUCAAUAUUGUUGGAGGGUGUCGUAGGAAAGCAAAAGUUGGGAGAUAUUGAGGACAAGCUGGUGCUGAAUCAUGAUCUCCCAGAGUCAACUGAUAUUCAAGAAGAACAAGUAUGUAUAAAUGAAAGUCAGAAAAGAAGCUCCCAGCUUGGUAGUCUUGACGGGAAGAGUGAUAAGAGACAGGAGUUUAAGCUUAACCAGUCUUGGAAGACAUCUGGGAAGAGAAAACAAAUCAAGAAAAACGAUAGAAGACUGGGUGUGUCCUCACAAUUGUUCAAAAAAGAAGGUGCGGUCUCAAAAGCCAAAACCAAAACACAGCCUUUAAAAGAAGGGUCUAGCCAUCGGAGGAAAACUCGUAGUGAGACUAAAAGUUUCCAGACUCCUGAACGUGUUGUGCCCGCAGGUUUUGCAGCUGGUCCUAAUUAUGAAUAUUCACUCCACCAUUCAGCAGGUUGGCUUGAUGAGUAG